AUGAUCAUCUACAAGGACAUCCUCACCGACGACGAGAUCAUCUCCGACUCGUACGACAUCAAGGAGGUCGACGGCGUCGUCUACGAGGCCGACUGCAAGAAGAUCACCAUCGGUGGUGAGACGUUCGACACCGGUGCCAACGCUUCCGCCGAGGAGGCCGAGGAGGGUGCCGACGACCAGCUCGAGACCAAGAUCGAUGUCGUCUACUCGUUCCGCCUGAACGAGACCGGCUUCGACAAGAAGGGCUACCUGACCUACCUCAAGGGCUACAUGAAGUCGGUCAAGGCCAAGCUCCAGGAGAAGGGUGCCUCCGCCGAGGACAUCACCGCCUUCGAGAAGGGUGCGGCUAGCUACGCCAAGAAGAUUGUCGCCAACUUCAAGGACUACGAGUUCUACACCGGCGAGUCCAUGGACCCCGACGGCAUGAUCGUCCUCCUCAACUACCGCGAGGACGGUGUCACCCCCUACGUCACCGUCUGGAAGCACGGUCUCACCGAGAUGAAGGUUUAA